AUGGAGUUUGCAGAGUUGAUAAAGACACCCAGGGUGGACGGGGUUGUCCUACAUCGUCCUUUCCUGCCCACUGUUGAAGGGACCCUCUGUCUGACUGGUCAUCACCUCAUUCUGUCCUCCAGACAGGACAACACAGAGGAGCUGUGGCUGCUCCACUCAAACAUCGACUCCAUAGAAAAGAGAUUUGUAGGGUCCUUGGGAAGCAUCAUUGUCAAAUGCAAAGACUUGAGGGUGAUCCAGCUCGACAUCCCUGGUAUGGAGGAGUGUCUCAACAUUGCCAGCUCUGUUGAGGCCCUGUCCACUCUUGAUAUAGUUUCACUGAUGUACCCAUUUUUCUACCGACCGAUGUUUGAAGUCUUAGAAGAUGGAUGGAAUUCGUUUCUUCCACUGGAUGCCUUUAAAGAUUUGGAGUCCAUGACGGACGAGUGGAGACUCAGCGAGGUCAACCAGGACUUCAGUGUGUGUCCGUCAUACCCGCCUCUGGUGGCCGUGCCCAAAGACGUGGACGACGACACACUGAGGAAAGUUGCUACUUUCCGUCACGGUGGCCGCUUUCCCGUCCUCAGCUACUAUCACAAAAAGAAUGGCAUGGUGAUGAUGCGAGCCGGACAGCCGCUGACGGGCACGAAUGGACGACGGUGCAAAGAGGAUGAGAAGCUUAUCAAUGCCACCCUGCGGCCGGGAAAACGUGGAUACAUCAUUGAUACGCGCACCAUCAACGUGGCCCAGCAGGCCAAAGCACGAGGUGGAGGAUUCGAGUCUGAGGCUAACUACCCUCAGUGGAGGAGGAUCCACAAAACCAUCGAAAGGUCGAACGUCCUGCAGGAGAGCCUGAUUAAGCUGGUGGAGGCUUGUAAUGACCAGUCCCACAGCAUGGACCGCUGGUUAAGCAAGCUGGAAGCCUCCAGCUGGCAGACUCACGUCAAGGAGAUCCUCACCACUGCCUGCCUGGCUGCCCAGUGCAUUGACAGGGAGGGAGCCUCGGUGCUUGUUCACGGCACAGAAGGGACAGAUUCCACUCUCCAGGUGACCUCGUUGGCUCAGAUCAUCCUUGAUCCGGCUUGCAGGACCAUCAAAGGCUUCCAGGGUCUAGUGGAGCGAGAGUGGCUCCAGGCAGGUCAUCCAUUCCAGCAGCGCUGUGCUCAGUCUGCCUACUCCAACAGCAAGCCUCGCCAGGAAGCGCCCGUCUUCCUGCUCUUCCUGGACUGCGUGUGGCAGAUCCUCCGCCAGUUUCCCUGCUCCUUUGAAUUCACUGAGAGCUUCCUGGUGCUGCUGUUCGAGCACGCCUAUGCCUCUCAGUUCGGUACAUUCCUGGGCAACAGCGCAGCUGAGAGAGCCAGACUGUCUCUGCCUGAGAAGACAGUGUCCCUGUGGUCAUGGGUGAAUCGACCCCAGGAGCUGGAACACUUCACCAACCCCCUCUACGAGGCAAACAGUCUCGUGAUCUGGCCUUCUGUCGCCCCUCAGAGUCUGCUGCUGUGGGAAGGAGUGUUUCUUCGCUGGAACCGCUCCUCCAGGAGUCUGGAUGAGGCCUAUGAAGAAAUGGUACACAUCAUCGAGUACAACAAGGAACUUCAGAACAAAGUGAACAGCUUGCGCCGGCAGCUGGCCCAGCUUGAAACUGAAGAUCCUCUGCUGCACACACCAUAAAGACAAAUGUCUGCCAAAAAGGGAAAAAGCAAAAGAUGGAAGGAGAUAAAGUGACAGUCAUUUGAUAUAAACAGAUUGUUCCCAGCCAGUUGCGAGUUAUAUUCAGAUAUUUAAAAAAAAAAAAGAAGCUGUAAUUGAAAGACAUCUCUCUUCAUCCAUCAGCUUUUAAACAAUAGUCAUAAUUCAGUGGACUGAAACCUCACAAACAGGAAACGCUUUGCUUUAUUGUCUUUCUACACAAAGUUAGAGGAAAAUAUCUCUAAACUAAAUAUCCGAAUCCUUUGGAUUAAUGCUGAAAACUAAAUUUGCUUCAUGUAAUCUUCUAAACUCCCUUCGCAUGUAGAUUUAAAUCCAUGCACGCUGACCGGUCAUCUGAUUUCAUCUAACCUCUGCAGUCGCGCUCUCGCUUUUCACCUACGUACACUAAAACCAUCUCCUCGGCGCGGCGGAAUGGUGCACAGGGUCCACGUUUUUCACCAAAUAUCCUGAUGAAUGUAUCCAGCACUGGAGCGCCGCGGAGUAACUAUGGCAACAUAUAGGGUGCUGGAAGGCGGCACGUGACUUGGCCUCACGUUGAGAUGACAGAAGAUGUGUAGGUACAGUCGACACCCACAGGACUGUAUAAUGGGUUUAUAUAAUGCCUAUCUGGAAAAAAAAAAAUGCAUAUUUAUCAGUUUGUUUCUGAACAUUCCAGUGGCCACAAGUUAGCGCGACCUCAUGACGCAGUGAUUCCCCA